AGGAACAGACCUUUCGAUUUUAAACUAGAAUUAACAUUGAUCAUUUUUACAACAGUAUCGGGACACCAACUUGACCAAGUUGAAGUUGGAUAGGCCUAGUAUUGUACAAACUUGAGAUGUCUUCAUCAGACUUAUCUAGAAGGUUUGUCAGUCAAGAUACGUUAGACGAAAAAAGGAAAAAAAGACAGGAAGAAUGGGAAGAGAAGAGAGGGCCGGAAGACCCGAUAGAAUGUCCAGAGGAAGUGGUGGACAAUAGAUCUCUGUAUGAACGUCUGCAGGAACAGAAGAACAAGAAAGAUCAGGAAUACGAGGAUCAGUUCGCUCUGAAGAACAGUGUUAAGGGCCUGCAGGAGGAAGAAGUGGCGUUUCUUGACCAGGUGUCAGAUCAGCAGAUAGCCAUUGAGAAAGCCCGUAGUAGUGAGGAGGCCAAAAUAAUCAGGGAACUCAAAAUAUCCUUUCACUGACAGAGCAAGGAGGUAUUCUGUGUCAUCUGCAGAUAUUUAUGAAAAGGGGAAGACUGGAGUUAAGAUUCUUAGAUAUGUAGGUAGAGAAUGUAUGGAUCUUCAUAUUGAAAUUAGAUUGGUAAUUGAAAGGGGGGGGGGGAGAGAGAAAUCUGAUUAGUGGAAAAAUUCUAAAAUCAAGGAUUUGGUAAGAAAAUUAUAUAUAUAUAUAUAUAUAGAGAGAGAGAGAGAGAGAGAGAGAGAGAGAUCCAAUAUUUAACCUAAAGGUUAUGAAAUCUUUAACAUUGGCAAGAAGCAAAUGUGUAUAAGAUAGAAGACAAUAAGCAAAAA